CCACGUGACUUUUUCCGUUUCGCCAUUUUCCCCUCUUCUACACCGGUCCUCUUGCUGCCCGCUACGUUGUCGCCCCCCUCCUAGUGUUUUAAGUUGCCCGAAAGCCCAAGGUGGGAUAGGGGAAACCCUGACGAGAAGUCCGUCUGCUCCGUAGCCGUAUCGCCCUGAGGAAAAAGUGCGAGAAUGUCUUCUGAGGAGAGCCCCGAGUACUCGCCUUUCUUCGCCGUGAUGGGUGCCUCUGCGGCCAUGGUCUUCAGCGCGUUAGGAGCAGCGUAUGGGACGGCAAAGAGCGGCACAGGCAUCGCUGCCAUGUCUGUGAUGCGGCCAGAGCUCAUCAUGAAGUCUAUCAUUCCUGUGGUCAUGGCAGGUAUCAUUGCCAUCUACGGGCUGGUGGUGGCUGUGCUGAUAGCGAACAACAUAUCUGAGAGAGUCUCUCUUUACAAGAGUUUCCUGCAUCUCGGUGCCGGUCUGAGUGUGGGCCUGAGCGGCCUGGCGGCCGGGUUCGCCAUCGGCAUCGUGGGUGACGCCGGCGUGAGAGGGACCGCUCAGCAGCCUCGGCUGUUCGUGGGCAUGAUCCUGAUCCUGAUCUUCGCCGAGGUGCUGGGUCUUUACGGGCUCAUCGUGGCCCUCAUCCUAUCUACAAAAUAAGUGUCUCCAUCAUGCCACCAUCUCAUUCAUUCCACAUCAGAGCAGCAAGAACAAAUAGGAGAUUUCCACCUACUUCCAUUACAGCCGGUGGGUCUGACAGGACGGGAUGGCGACAGAAACACAUUGGCGUUCGACUUUGAUAGCUCUGUCCUCAGAUAGGUUUCUAUCCAUAUUGUUUAAAGCCAUCCAGUUGUGUCAGGUCUUGUGCGUACAGAACGGGCAUGAACAUGUACUGUGUGUUGUGGGAUGAUGUGUGGACAGUCUGCCUGAUUUAUUGUCUGAUCUUAAACUGUACAGUGAUCCAGAGCCCCCCUGCCCCCCAGUAAAUGUAGUAACCAGUCCGUGCUGUGAGUGUGAGUAUCAACAUUUACCCCCCUCUGCCCAUUCCCCUCCUUUUGUUUAUUUAUGUAUUUAUUUAUUUAUUUGUUUCUUUGUUUUUUGUUGGUGGUUUAUAUUGUCAACCUCUGUUUAAGACUGCUGAAGAUAUCGUGAACACCAGUAUUUUAUUUUUUCAUGUUCUUUUCUGGGACCAUUUUUGAAACUUUUUUUUUCACUAUUUAUGGACAGCUAUGAAGAUUUUGAAGCUAUCUAAAUGGAGUACUGUUUAUUGAAUACCCUAUAUACAUAAAAAAAUAUAUAAAUGAUCUGUGUAUAGUUAGAUUAAUUGCACUGUGGGUAAUUGUUAUAAGUGCUUGGAAUUCCUCUGGAUGUAGUGUGAAUAUUAAUGGAGGAUGUCCACAUGUUCAUAUGGAGUUGACAGUGUGCGUGCGUGUGCGUGAAUGAUCUGAGUAAAUAAUGUAUGCAAGUGGAUUUAUGUUUAAUAUGACGUCCUCAGACACUUGUAUCGUUUACCUGUAGUGCUGCUGUCUUGAUUUGUUUGUUUUAUUUUGUUGAAGGUGAGAGCUCACUGUUCAGCCAUGCCUGUCAGAUUUCCAAAUAAAACUCAACCUCCUCCAGAA